AUGGACGACAACGAGACCCGAGCCGAAUCCUUCAAAGAAGAAGGCAACGCGGCGUUUAACGCUGAAAACUGGGGCGCAGCCGUCGACUGUUACACCAAAGCCAUCAACCUGGCCCAAAGCGAGAUCCGCAACCUAUCCACCUACUACAAAAACCGAGCGGCCGCUUAUUUGAAACUAGAAAACUACGAAUCCGCCUUAGAAGACUGCAACAGCUGCUUGAAAAUAGCCCCAGCCGAUCCCAAGGCGCUGUUCAGGCGUUGCCAAGCUUUAGAAGCCUUACAAAGAUACGAAGAAGCCUACAGGGAUGCCACUCAGAUUUUCAAAGACGAUCCCGCCAACAAACCGAUCCAACCGAUACUCAAACGGUUGUUCCGGAUCGUCCAAGAACGCGCCAACCAAAACGAACAAACCACCAGCAAAUUGGACAGCAUGAUGAAAAUAGCCUUCGAUCUAUCCGAAACCGUAGACAAACGAGAAACCGCAACGAACAAUCUCCUCGUACUAGCCAGACAACACGCUGGAGCCGAACUCAUGAUCAAAUCGACUAUAGUCCACCAAAUCAAAAGGAUUAUUAAAGUGGAGAAGAAUAAAGAAAUCGUGACCACGAGCAUUCGUAUAAUCGGUGAGCUGUGCAAACACAACGAACACCGCACUAAAGCAGUACUAGAAACAGCCGGAGUACCGUGGCUCCUCGACCUGCUCGACUCCAACGACCUCAAGCGAGUCAACGCCGCCGAACACUGCAUCCAAACCGUUUUAAACGCUUUAUCCGGCAUGGAGAACCGCCCCGACACCAAACCCGCCACCGAACUCAUCGACCGCAACCGCCCCGCCAUCGAUCUCAUCCUCGGCCGCCUCGUCGACGCCGUCGACAGCCGCAUCAUCGCCGCCGCCGCCCGCGACGCCGCCGUCGAGCUGCUCGUCCGCAACGUCCCCUACGGCCAGCUCGACUGGGCCGAGCGACUCGUCGACGCCGGCGGCGUCGAGAAGCUCAUGGAGUGCGCCGGCGAAUUGGAGGAGUUCCGAUACGAGUGUUCGAUGGACGUGACCAAAUCCACCGCCACCGUCGCCGCCGUUUGUCUCGCCCGAGUCUACGAUAACAUGUACUACGACACGUUACGAGAGAAGUUUAUGGAUCGUAUCGAAGGAUACAUUAAGAAGAAGUUGCUCACGCCCGAUAUCGAGUCGAAAGUGCGCGUGGUGGCGGCGCUGACGGCGCUUUUACGAGGCCCCCUCGACGUCGGUAACGCCUUAAUAGGUAAAGAAGGUAUAAUGGAGAUGAUACUGGUGAUGGCGAAUACGGAGGACGAGCUACAGCAACGCGUGGCUUGCGAAUGCAUCAUCGCGGCCGCCAGCAAAGCCGACAAGGCGAAGGCCAUCAUCAAUCAAGGCGUUAACAUACUGAAGCAGUUGUACAAGAGCGGCGACGACGGCGUCCGCAUCAGAGCGUUGGUGGGGCUGUGUAAACUCGGCAGCAGCGGCGGCUCCGACGCCGCCUCCAGACCGUUCGCCGACGGUUCUUCGUUGAAACUGGCCGAGGCUUGUCGUCGGUUUCUGUUGCAUCCGGGUAAAAACGGCGACGUGCGCAAAUGGGCGGCCGAAGGGCUCUCCUAUCUCACGCUCGACGCCGAAGUGAAAGAGAAGCUCAUCGAGGACUCAGCGGCGCUCAAAGCGCUAGUCGAAUUGGCUAAGACGGGCGAUCAAUCGGCGCUGUUCGGCGUCAUCACGACGCUGGUGAACCUGUGCAACGCCUACGAGAAGCAGGAGAUCAUACCGGAGAUGGUGGAGCUGGCGAAGUUCGCCAAACAGCACGUGCCCGAGGAGCACGAUCUGGACGAUCGGGAUUUCGUGGAGAAGCGCCUCCUGGCGCUCGGCCGCGGCGACGUCGCCGCCGCUUUGGUGGCCUUGGCCAAAACGGAGAGCGACAAUUCCAAGGAGCUCAUCGCCCGAGUGUUCAACGCCCUGUGCGGUCUGGUCGAGCUAAGAGGCACAGUGGUGGCUCAAGGAGGUACUAAAGUGUUGAUACAUUUGGCGCUUAAAGGUACCGAUAAAGGGAAGAGACAAGCGGCUCAAGCUCUAGCUAGGAUAGGCAUAACGAUGAAUCCGGAGAUAGCGUUUCCCGGUCAGCGAUCGCUCGAAGUGGUGAAGCCUCUGAUCAGUUUGUUGCAUCCCGAUUGCACCGGUUUGGAGAACUUCGAGGCGUUGUUGGCUCUCUGCAAUGUAGCCCAAAUGAACGAGACCGCUCGAAGGAGGAUCCUCAGCGAAGGGGGUUUCUCCAAAAUCGAGCACUACAUGUUCGAAGAUCACUUGCACCUAUCCAGGGCGGCGGUGCAAUGCAUGUGCAACAUGACCCAAAGCGAGGAGGUGGUCAAGUACUUCGAAGGCGACAACGAUAGGGUGAAGUUCGCCGUGUCGAAUUGCAUCGACGAGGACAAGGAGACGGCGAUGGCGGCGGCGGGGAUGCUGUGCAUACUGACGGGGGCGAGCAGGAAGUGCUGCGCUAAAGUGUUCGAUUCGAAGAAUUGGCUGGAUUGCUUCCAAGUGUUGUUGUUGAAUCCGGACGUCGAUAUGCAGUACAGGGGUGUCUGUAUAGCCUACAAUGUGGUGUCGGCGAGUAAAGAGUGCGCCGAGAAGUUGAUGGAGACCAACGUGAUGGAAAUCGUGAUGGGUUUGUCCAAAGUGACGUCGAACGACGGUAGGGAGAAGAUCGUCGAGAUAAGCAACUUGAUUUUGGAGGAGUCCGAGAAAUGGGGCGUCAUUAAGAAACCCGGCGAAGACGCUGAUGACUAA